AUGGAUAAUCGCAUCGUUUUAUUCCAACUGAUUGACGACAAAUUGCGUUUUGCGAAGAAAAAAGCAUUCAAGGGACACAAUGUUGCGGGCUAUGCCUGUUCUGUGGAUUUCUCGCCCGAUAUGAGCUUCCUGACAUCUGGAGAUGCGGAUGGCAAGGUAUUCAUUUGGGAUUGGCGGAACCAUAAAACGGUAGCACGAUGGAAAGCGCACGAUGACUGUGUCAUUGCGACAUUGUGGCAUCCACACGAAGCAUCCAGAAUGAUAACUGGAAGCUGGGACAGU